AUGGCUCGAAACCAGCAACUGCGGCCGUUCAAGCGUCCGGCAAUCCGGUUAUAUCCUGCCGUGAAUGAGACGGAGCUUAUCCGGACUCUACCAGAAGUCGUCGAGUUCAAUGCGCAGGCAAACCCUGAUCAUGUCUUCUGUCUACAGGCGAAGAAGAGUCCCAACAAAUCGAUCCUCUCGCUAGUUUCCGUUACGAAUCGUCAGCUCAAACAGGCCAUUUCACAAUGUGUUGGUUGGCUGAAGAGCAAUCUCAAGCUCCAACUCCCGUCACUGUUGCAUGGAUCGGUGGAGAAGGGUGCCCCGGUUGCCCUCUUGAUGGAGAGUGACAUAGGGCUCUUCAUAUACGAGAUAGCUCUGAUCGGACUGGGAGUACCGGUGCUAUUGCUCUCUGCCAGGCUUAGCGCCCCUGCUAUCAACAGUCUCCUUCAACGCACCUCUGCAGCAGCCAUCAUUGUCUCCGGACGCCUCGAGGCCACUGCAAGAGAGGCAGCAGAGACUCUGCCUGCAGCAGUCUUCUCUCCUCUUCCAUUCGAAGCCUUCCUCUCCACCAAUGAGGGUCUGCCAGACAAUGAUUCUAUCUGCCACCCAUACCACUAUAUCGACGAGUCUGAUCGUAAUGUCUUGAUCCUCCACAGCUCUGGCACCACGGGCCUACCCAAGCCCAUUUAUGUCUCGCAUCGACACUUACUCUCGUUUGUGAACUGCCACCGACUAGACCUUGAGUCGGAAGCCCAGGGGGUCAAUGUAUCCACUCUCCCGCUCUAUCACGGCUUCGGCCUGGUCGCCCCAGCCCUCGCCAUGGGCGUCGGUAAGACGGUCUGCUUCCCUCCAGGCUCUACAGUCCCUAGCGCUGGGGCAACACUCGACCUGCUGAGGAUCUCGAACGCCGCUUCUUUCAUGACCGUUCCCUCUAUUCUGGAGGAUAUUGCCUUCCUUGGUGAUGAGGGCAUCCAGGCCUUGGCUGGGCUGGACUAUGUGACCUUUGGCGGGGGGAUCCUCAAACCUUCAGUGGGUGAAGAGCUGGCUGUCCACGGCGUCAAACUGCUGAACCACUACGGCACCACCGAGAGUGGCCCGCUGGCGCCGAUCUUCGUCCCUCAAGACGACUACAAUUGGCGCUUCUUCCGUCUCCGAGACGACCUGCGCCUGCAGCUGGAUGAGAUUGCCCCAAACGGCAACGAGAGACGGUUCAAGCUCACUACGUUCCCGUUCGGCUUGGAGCAGCCAUUUGAGAUUCAAGAUCAGCUCGUCUGUAACCCUGACUAUCCGGGCUCGGACUUUAACGCGGUCGGGCGCAAUGACGAUACGAUUGUUCUUGCCACCGGCGAGAAAGUCCAGCCACAGAUACUCGAAUCAAUUUUGUGUGAAUCCAGCCUAGUGAAGUCGGCUAUUGCAUUUGGGGAGCACCAGUUUGAGAUUGGUGUGCUCGUGCAGCUAGCGGCUGACGUACCUCCAAAAAACUACAGCAAGCUCAGGGAACAACUGUGGCCGCUCGUCGCACGGGCGAACGAGAGCAUGGAUGGCCAUGCACGAAUCCAGUCCAGCGAGGCUGUCCUAUUACUCCCCAGCACAGUCACGAUACCUCGAACCGAUAAGGGCUCUAUCGCCCGGAAAGACGUCUAUAAGAUGUUCGAGGCGGAUAUUGCUGGAGUCUAUCGCAAGCUGGAGUCGGCUGGGCCAGUGCUCUGCCUUGAUAUGGAGACCCUGGAAGAAGAUCUCAAAUUGCUGAUUUCCCGCUGCACAGACUGGCCCCCUGACUGGGCCGUCACAGAUGACCUCUUCGAGCGCGGGAUGAACUCGCUGCAAGCAAUCCGAGUGCAGCGCGCGCUGGUUGCCGCCGUGACUCGGUCUCUGCGGGGCGUCUGUCAACCAGAACGUAUUGGCCGAGACUUUGUCUAUAUACAUCCGUCGGUGCGUGCUAUGGCGGAUUUUUUCAGGGAACCAGUCAAUGGACUCCAGUUACCAAACGGGUUCUCGACUAGGGGCUGGGCACCGGACCAGUUGGUCCAGAGGUUCGCUCUCACAAGCAAGGACGGCAGAGCUACCGUGCUGCUCACUGGGGCCACUGGUAGUCUAGGCUCUCACUGUCUGCUCUCUCUCAUUCAGUCUCCCAAUAUCAAGCGAGUGAUAUGUCUUGUCCGACCAGAAGAUUCGUUUACUGAUCCUCGUUUGCGACUCCAGAAAUCCCUUGAGUCAAAGAAGCUGCACCUUUCCUCGACGCAAUGGUCGAUGGUGGAUGUGCUGGGAUGCCACACGGCAAGCCAGUAUCUAGGCCUCACUAGAGAGCAAUACACAAUCCUCCAGGAAUCAGUCACUUACAUCCUGCACGCUGCGUGGCCCAUGGAUUUCCACUGGAAACUUCCCUCUUUCCAGUCUCAAUUCCAGUCUCUCCACAACCUGCUUGCUCUCGCUCGAGACAUCCACAACCGUCGACCAAGCAUUAAACCUCGACUGACCUUUAUCUCGUCCAUCGCCACAGUCGGCCAAUACGCACGCGUUCACGGCGUUCGCAUGGUUCCUGAGACCUCAGUAGACUCAGUAGAAUGUCUGAAUCCCAUUGGCUAUGCUGAAGCCAAGCUUGUCUGUGAGCGGAUGCUGGAGCAUGCCCGAUUGCAUUACCCGCAUGAGAUGACAGUCAGUUACGUCCGCAUGGGCCAGAUUGCAGGAUCCAGCACCACAGGGUUCUGGAAUAUCAACGAGCAUAUUCCAGCCCUGACCCUAUCCUGGAUCCCCGUCGACGUCGCCGCCCAGAGCAUCACAGAGCUGCUCCUCUCACCUGCGCCCGCAGAGCUCAUCUACCACAUCGAGAACCCGAUCCGCCAAUCGUGGCAUGAUAUGCUUCAGACCAUCGCUGCGGUGCUUCAUCUCUCUGCAAGUGACGCACUCCCCUGGAACGAAUGGCAAGAGCAGGUCGCAGCCGCGGGCGACACAGACAACCCAGCGAAGAAACUCCAAGACUUUUUCGCGAACGAUUUCAUCCGUAUGGGGUGUGGAGAGGUGGUUCUAGGCACGGAUAAAGCACGAAAGGCGUCUGCUACUCUGCGUAGAGUGGAUGCGGUCUCUGAGGGGUGCGUGAGGGGGUAUCUGCAGUACUGGAAGGAGAUUGGGUGGUUGAAGUGA